AUGUCAAGCUCACAUGCCGCCCUGGCCGUGGCGUCAGACGACCGCAAGUCGCGUCUAGCCAAGCUCAAAUCCCUGAAACGGAAACAGCCCGAAGGCGAAGUCGUUCCUCCAGAGGCGGAUCGCGCCUCGCCCAGCCCGCCCGAGAAGGAGGUCGCGAAGCUGCACCUGUCCGGGCGAAACUACGACCCGGAGACGAGGGGCCCCAAACUGGGGUUCGAAGCCCCGCCCACCCUCGGUCUGGAGAGACCGACACUUGAGGAGCAGGCCGCCGAGGUGGAAGAGGACGUCAGGAAGAAGGCCGCCGAGGACGCCGAGAACGACAAGGGGAUCGACCUAUUCAAGCUGCAACCGAAAAAGCCCAAUUGGGAUCUCAAGAGAGAGCUGAACAAGAAGCUCGAGGUGCUGAAUGUCCGCACCGACAACGCAAUCGCCAGAAUGGUCCGGGAGAGGCUGGCCGCGAAGAAGGCGGCGGCGCGGAAACCGGAGAGCGCCGCCAUUGAUGGCGGGGACGACGCGGGACUGAAGGGCGCUGCGCUUGUGGAGGGGAUACGGUUGAGGGAGAGGGAGGAGGAGGAAGAGGAACGCAGGGAACGAGAGGAGGUCGACUUGGCUUGA